CAGUGGAUAAAUAGGACCAGGUAGGAGUGAAACCAUUUCCUACAGGGUCCACCUUGGGAUUGCCCACAAAGCCAACUCUGCCAGCGUCAGAUUAAAUCAAAAUGGCCGAGGAUGAGGUUGCUGCUUUGGUUGUGGACAAUGGUUCCGGCAUGUGCAAAGCUGGGUUUGCAGGAGACGAUGCCCCCCGUGCAGUGUUCCCCUCCAUCGUGGGGCGGCCCAGGCAUCAGGGAGUCAUGGUAGGGAUGGGUCAGAAGGACAGCUACGUGGGAGAUGAAGCUCAGAGCAAGAGAGGUAUCCUGACCCUGAAGUAUCCCAUUGAACAUGGCAUUGUUACUAACUGGGACGACAUGGAGAAGAUCUGGCACCACACCUUCUAUAAUGAGUUGAGGGUGGCCCCUGAAGAGCACCCGGUCUUGCUCACCGAAGCUCCUCUGAACCCCAAAGCCAACCGGGAGAAGAUGACGCAGAUCAUGUUUGAGACCUUCAACACGCCAGCUAUGUACGUGGCCAUCCAGGCAGUGCUGUCCCUCUACGCCUCUGGCCGUACCACAGGGAUCGUCAUGGACUCUGGAGAUGGAGUCACUCACAUGGUGCCCAUUUAUGAAGGUUACGCCUUGCCACAUGCCAUUCCACGACAAGACCUGGCUGGCCGUGACCUGACUGAUUACCUCAUGAAGAUCUUGACCGAGAGGGGGUAUAACUUCACCACCACAGCUGAGAGAGAAAUUGUGAGGGACAUCAAGGAGAAGCUCUGCUAUGUUGCCCUGGACUUUGAACAAGAGAUGGCCACGGCUGCAUCCUCCUCCUCCCUGGAGAAGAGCUAUGAGUUACCUGAUGGGCAGGUGAUCACCAUUGGCAAUGAACGCUUCAGGUGUCCAGAAGCCCUCUUCCAACCGUCCUUUCUGGGUAUGGAAUUGCGUGGCAUCCAUGAGGCCACUUACCAUUCCAUCAUGAUGUGUGAUGUGGACAUCCGCAAGGACCUCUAUGCCAACACGGUCCUAUCAGGAGGGACCACCAUGUACCCAGGCAUUGCUGACAGGAUGCAGAAGGAGAUCACAGCCCUGGCACCUGGUACAAUGAAGAUCAAGAUCAUUGCUCCUCCGGAGCGCAAGUAUUCUGUGUGGAUUGGGGGCUCCAUCCUGGCCUCUCUCUCCACCUUCCAGCAGAUGUGGAUCAGCAAGCAAGAGUACGAUGAAUCUGGUCCAUCCAUAGUUCACCGUAAAUGCUUUUAAUGAUCUAAACAACCAUCGUCUUUUGCUCAUUUUGAUUUUAGUUCUGCCUUGUUACAACAUCUUCAACAUUGAUUCAGUUAUUUGAAUAAUUUUAGACUUUCUUUGAAUCAUCUUAUUCUUUAAACAAUAUCUCUUUAUUGUGUUCCUGAAGAUUCUUGAUUCUGUAAAUAAAGAAUCAGGUGGAUCUUUCCACUAUUGGCUCCUGAUUAAUUAUUCUUAGCUUCCUGUUGAAUAUAAAAUAUUGUCUUAUGUAGCCCAAAGGGGUAGUUUUUAAG